AUGGUAGUUGGUCCAAUUAUUCUUGCUUAUUUUACUGCUUGGUCGAUUUAUCAACGUUCAUAUAUAGUGACUGAUAUUCCAGGAGAUAAAAUAACACAUAUUAAUUAUGCAUUUGCAAACAUUGGUUUCGAUGGACGUAUUACUCUUGGUGAUUCAUGGGCAGAUAUUGAGAAAACAUUUAAUGGUGAUAGAUGGGAUCAACCAUUACGCGGAAAUUUUAAUCAAUUAAUUAAAUUAAAAGAAAAAUAUUCACAUUUACGAACACUUAUUUCUGUUGGUGGAUGGACAUGGUCAGGUAAAUUUUCUGAUGUAGCUCUCACUGAUCAAAGUCGAUCAACAUUUGCUGCUUCAUGUCUCGAAUUCAUUAAUAAUAUGGUUUUGAUGGGGGAAUAUCCUGUUUCUGGUGGGUUGCCAGGCAAUACUCGUCGUCCAGAAGAUAAACAAAAUUAUGUUCUUUUAUUAAAAGAAAUUCGUCGUCAUCUGGAUGCCGUACCCAAUAAGAAAUAUUUGUUAACGGUAGCAACUGGAGCAGGUACUGAACGUAUUUAUGAUAUGGAUUUACCUGGUAUGAGUACAUAUCUUGAUUGGUUUAAUGUAAUGACUUACGAUUUUCAUGAUCAAUUUUUAGGUAGUUCGGAAUCAAAAACAGGUCACAAUGCUCCAUUAUAUAAAAAUAACAAUGAAGAAACAAGUGAUAUUCCUCCAUCAUUCAUCAAAUCAAAAUAUAAUUGUCAUGAAUCAAUUCAAGCUUAUAUUAGAGCUGGAGUAUCGACAAAGAAAAUUCUUAUGGGUUUACCUUUAUAUGGACGUGGUUGGCAAGGAGUAAAAAAUACAGCUCUUAAUGGAUUUUCACAAACAGCAUCGAAUCAACUUCCAAGUGGUACUUGGGAAAAUGGUGUUUAUGAUUAUGAUCAUUUGAAAAAAUCUUUUAUUUCAUCGAAUAAACAUUAUUGGGACAAUCAAUCAAAAGUACCAUUUAUUUUCAAUUCAUCAACGGGUCUUUGGAUUAGUUAUGAUAACCUUGAAUCAAUUACAUUGAAAACUAUUUAUAUUAAACAAAACAACUUAGCUGGGGCAUUUUUCUGGGAAUUGAGUAGUGAUCGUCAGGCAGAAUUAAUCGGUGCAACAUUUAAUCUGCUAAAUAAUAAUAUUAAACCACCAGUAACAACUAAUCCAUCAUCAACUUCUUAUCCUAAUAAUAAAGUUUAUCCUUGGAAAAUAAAUAUUCAAUAUUAUAUUGGACAACGAGUUAUAUAUGAAAAAAAUAUUUAUCGAUGUAUUAAACAACAUAAAUCAACAGGAAAAAAUAAGCCAAAUUCGAAAAAUUCAUUUUGGCAACUUGAAACUUCAUCAACAUUUAAAACAAUAACAACAACAACAACAACAACAACUCAAUCAUCGAAUGAGAACAAUAUUUCUGAAUGGAAGCCUUACAUUUCAUAUUUAGUUAACAAUAAAGUAAUAUAUCAAGGAAAAAAAUAUCGAUGUCGACAAGCUCACACAUCAUUAUCAGAUUGGAUCCCACCUGCUCUACCAGCACUCUGGUUAGAGAUAUAA